AUGAGCGCCGAGUGCAGCAGCUACCUCAGCGCCGACAAGGUGCCGGUGAGCGGCUUCAGCUGCCCGCGGGCGGGCGGCGACGCCCGCGCCGUGUAUUGCUGCGGCUUCCAGGACGUCAAGUACUGCUGCGAUGACCCGCACAGCUUCUUCCCCUACGAGCACGGCUACAUGUGGUGGCUCAGUGUUGGAGCGCUUGUGGGCCUGUCGAUAGCAGCGGUGGUCCUGUUUGCUUUUAUCAUCACUGUGUGUGUUCUCUGUUACUUGUUUAUCAGUACGAAGCCACGCAGCAAACUGGAUACUGGUUUAAGCUUACAGAUGGCAGCCUACAGUGCAAGCAGCAGCAUGAUGGAGCUCAGCAGACACCUGCAGGAGCAGUGCACGUACCCACCACUAGCCCACUGGCAGGGAAAGAAGCUGUAG